AUGACAUGUUCAUCUCCCAUUGUUGAUUCGCCAAAACUCAACAAUGAAGGACAAGCCUCGACCAACGAAUCUCUUCUUGCCGUUCUUGAAAAUAUACGAGGAGAAAUGCGAUCACUCUCUGAUCGUAUUGCUUGUAUUGAACGCUCACGAAAUUCGCCAGCAUUGACCAAUGUCAACUCACGACCAACAUCAGCUUAUCAAACUUCCCUUGAACAUGCACCGACUCAUUCGUCGACGGGAUUUUCGGUUCCAGCUGAAUCUGAUCUACAUGCAUUGGAGCUUGCCUCAGCACGCUCACCAGUUAACAACAACAAAUCAACAUCUAAUUCUAUCCAACCAUUACCAAUGAUGUCAUCACAUAUUCCCUCAACUCAAUCUUCGAUACCUUAUGGUUCAUCAUCAGCUUUUCAACCUAUUCAGAAACCGGUGAGUGAUAAUGCUGUUCAUAUUUCUUCAGCAUCAUCAUCUGCUAAUAUUACAUCAUCAAAUGCUAUUAUGCCGUCUUCACCGUUCUUUGUACCAUCAACAACUGUACCGAUUACGUCAUCAUUCACAUCACCUGUUUUACCAUCUAUGGCUACAACAUCAACACCUUUUAUGAUGAACAUCAACAAUCUCUUGCCUACAUUCAAAGGUACGGCAGAAGAACGACCUGUUCAAUUCUUAACUGAAUUUGAAAUUCGUGCUUCUACAUUUGUCGGACAACAUGAUCUUCUACUUUUACAUACUGUUCAACAAGUCCUUUCUGAUGGUGCUCUUAUUUGGUUCGGUCAGCUCCAGCGAUCUGCCGAACGUGUUUAUAGUUGGGCAGAAUUUAAGGUACGCUUUUAUGAACGAUAUCGUACACCUGCCCGCAUUCAGCACUUUCGAACGGAACUUCGUCUAUUAUUUCAAGGUGAUACUGAACGUACCUUAGAUUACUUUGAACGUUUAAAAAAUCUUAUGAUCGAAAUUGAUCCUGAAUGCAAUGAUCAAUGGUUGAAACAUAAAUUUAUUCAAAAACUUCGCUCCGACAUUCGUUCUCAUCUUGAUCUGGAUUUAACCUUUCAACUCGAGAACUUCAUUACCUUUAAAAAUACUAGUCGUCGACAUUCACCAGCAUCAUCCACUACCUUAAAAUCAUCUGUUCGACCUACUGAUUACAAAUUCAAUCAGGAUCCACACCUUCAUUGUGAUAAUUCACAUCAUUAUAACCCCAAAAACAACAACAAUACUAUAACUCAUUAUACACCUACAAAUCGUAAUAAUCAACCUCACAAUUCUCUUCUUGAUAAUACUUAUAAUCAUGCUUCUACUAAUGAAAAUUAUGCUGAUCAACGUAUUAUCAACAAUUCUCACAAUCGUACUGCUACUAUUCAGAAUCGAAGUUCCGCCAAGAACCCUAAUAAACGUUCCAAUCAAUCUACAAUGAGUCCUUAUAAUUCUUUUCAUCAUUCAUCUAGCUAUUCAAAUCAUUCAACCUCUUCUCCUACUUCAACACCAACUGCCAACAACUCAUCUAACAAUUUUAAGAAUCGUUGGUGGUGUCCUCAUUGCCAACGACAUGGACACUCAUGGGAACGUUGUCCAUCUAAUCCUGAUAAGGCUUUAUCUUCCAUCUCCACCACUUCAUCCUCUUCACUUACAUCACUAUCCUUUGACUCAUCAACAUCUUCUAAUUCACAUUCAUCAAUUGAUUUCUUGUCAUCCACAUCGAUUCUUCCGUCACCGUCAUCUAUUAAAACACUUACACCAUCUCCUCACACUGAUUCUGCAAUUACUUCUCAAUUUGCACCGCAUUCAACAAGCUCAACUGGCUUUAUACUUCCAUCUGAUUCUUCACAUUCAUCUUGCAAUUAUCCUCGAGAUUGUUAUUUAACUGCGAAAGCUAAGAUCAAUGAUAUUCCAGGAAUUGUUUUACUUGAUACCGGCUCGGGCAUUACCAUCAUUAGUUCCAGUCAUUUGAAACUUAUCAACUCUGACGGUCCUAUUGCUCCUUAUGAUGUACCCGAAAUACAAGGCCCUGAUGGAAGCUCUAUCGGACCGGAAGGUCGUGUCAUCGUUCAAAUUACUCUUGCUGAUCUCAUUGUUCAACACCCGGCCAUUCUUGCCAGAAGCUUUCGUCAUUUUAUUCUUCUUGGCAAUGACUUUAUGAAGUCCAUCGGACUUGUUCUUGACUUGCAAGAUAACAAGAUGUGGCUUCGUACUGAUCCGAAUCGACGAUUCUCAAUAUCGUAUGAUCUCACUCACGCCGGCAGGAUUGAUGUACCAGUGAUAUCAACUGAACCUCGAGUUAUUGCUUCUUAUCAUGUUGCUUAUAUUCAAACCGGUAUCGAACAUGAUCCCGACAAAAUUCCCGCUGUACGUGACUACCCUGUUCCAACUCGACUGAAGGAUGUUCGUACAUUCCUCGGUCUUACUAGUUAUUACCGGCGUUUCAUUAAAAAUUAUGCUACCAUUACUGAACCUCUAAUCGCAUUGACUCGUCAUACAGAUCACAAAUCAUUUCAGUGGUCAACUACUUGUCAACAAGCUUUCCACCAUCUUCGUCAUUUAUUAAUGGACGCACCUAUCAUCGCCUAUCCUCAAUUUGAUCAACCAUUUAUUCUUCAACUUGACGCUUCUGAUGUUGGUCUUUCGGCUAUUCUAGCUCAAAAACUCGUUGACGACGACGGCGUCCAACCUGAACACGUCAUCCGCUACGCUAGUCGCACUCUUACCCCAUCUGAACGUCAUUUUUCACCAACUGAACGCGAAUGUCUCGCUAUUGUUUACGGUUGUUCACACUUUCGUCCAUAUCUUGAAGGUAUUCGUUUUACUAUUCAAACUGAAAAUAAAGCACUCAAAUGGUUGCAUCAGACCAAAGAUCUAAAUAGUCGUCUGGCCCGGUGUACUAUGCAAAUAGCUGCUCACGACGUUGAUAUUCAACACCGCCCCGGCGCUGAUAAUGCUAAUUGUGAUGCUCUUUCACGCGCACCUGUUGACGAUUCAUCUAUUUCUACAAAUUUGACCUCUAUGUACGAUUCGUCUACUUCAUCAUUUGUUGCUAAUCCUGGUUAUGCGCUCGUUCAUGGCUAUUUUCGUCAGUGA